ACCCUAUAACAGGGCAGACACAGUGAGAUACAUGUUUAAACUGAGCUGCCUGAGCUAAGCAUGAAACUGGAGAUGGCCCUAGCCAUAGCUCUAGUCCUGGCUGUGGUGUCCUGGACACAGGAGUUUUUCCCUAAGGAGGCCCAGACCCUCAACUGGAGCAAGUUUUCAGGCUUCUGGUACAUUAUUGCCAUCGCCACAGACACCCAGGGGUUCCUGCCGGCUAGAGACAAGAGGAAGCUGGGGGCAUCUGUGAUCAAGGUGCACAAAACAGGCCAGCUCAGGGUGGUCAUCGCCUUCAGCCGGCUUCGGGGAUGCCAGUCCAUGGAGGUGACUCUGAAGAAAGACAGGAAGAGACCGGUGUUCAGGAAUACCAUCAAGGGGGUAAAGGGCUUCCAUGUGCUGUCCACUGACUACACAUAUGGCCUGGUAUACCUCCGCCUGGGACGUGGAGGCAGCAACUACAAGAGCCUGCUGCUUUUCAACAGACAGAACAUCUCUAGCUUCCUGAGUUUGCGAGAAUUCCUGGACACAUGCCAUAUUCUGCAGCUCACCAAGCAGGCCACCAUCCUUCCAAAAGACGAUUCCUGUGCACACACCAUCCUGCCUUGACAGCCAGCUACCUCCUGCUUAGCCCUUUGACUUGAGAGUCCUCCAGACACUGUUCCAGGUGGUGCUGUGACAUUCAGUGAUUGGCUGGCUGCAGAGAGCCAGAGCUGUGGCUGCUGCCUCUGUGCCUUCUAAUCCCAGGACACUUCCUCUGGGCUGUGCUCAUGGCUUUCUCUUUGGUCCACCUGCCCUGCAGCUUCCUGGACUUUACCAGAGGCUGAGUCUGGAACCCACCAUCACUUCCCCCUGGGGAGGCCAAAGCUGGCCUCAGGCUCACCCGCUCCCAUUUCCUUCUUUUCUUUUAAAAAGACUUUCUUUAUUUGGGGGCCUAGGGGUGGCUCAGUGGUUAAAAGAACUCAAGUUCAGUCCCCAGCAUCCACAUAGCAUGGCUCACAAUGGCUCCAGGGGAUCCAACAGCCUCUUCUGGCCUUUGUGGACACUGCACACACAUAUACAACCUGCCUACAUAUACAUAUAAUUAAAAAUAAAAAUCUUUUAAA